AUGGCUGGUCUCAAGUAUUUGUGUGGAUUUGGGAAUGAAUUCUCCUCAGAAGACCCUCGCUGUCCUGGUUCUUUACCUGAAGGACAGAACAAUCCUCAGGUGUGCCCGUAUGGCCUUUAUGCAGAACAACUCUCCGGCUCGGCCUUCACCUGCCCGCGACCGGCCAAUAAGAGGAGUUGGCUUUAUCGCGUUCUACCGUCCGUCAAGCAUAAACCGUUUAUCCCUGCACCCUGUGGGAAUUUGACAGACAAGUGGGAUGAGGUGGAGCCAAAUCCUAACCAGAUGCGAUGGCGGCCAUUUUCAGUCCCUAAGUCUACAGAGAAGAUCGUCGACUUUGUGGCUGGUCUUCACACCAUCUGCGGUGCUGGCGAUGCUAAAUCCCGCAAUGGUAUUAGCAUCCACGUGUACGCCUGCAACACGUCCAUGAUAAACAAAUGCUUCAACAACUCUGAUGGAGACUUUCUGAUCGUGCCGCAGCAAGGUGAGCUCUUGAUCACCACAGAGUUUGGCAAGAUGAUGGUCGAGCCCAACGAGAUAUGUGUCAUUCAGCAAGGAAUGCGCUUCAGUGUGGACGUGUUUGGAGAAACCAGAGGUUAUAUUCUGGAGGUGUAUGGAGCACAUUUUGAACUUCCUGAUCUGGGGCCUAUAGGUGCUAACGGUCUGGCCAACCCAAGAGACUUCUUGUGUCCGGUGGCAUGGUACGAGGAUCGCCAAGUGUCCACGGGUUACGCCGUCGUCAAUAAGUACCAAGGGAAGCUCUUCGCCUGCCAACAGGAUUUCUCCCCCUUCAACGUGGUCGCCUGGCACGGCAACUACACACCGUACAAGUACAACCUCGCCAACUUUAUGGUCAUCAACUGUGUGGCUUUUGACCAUGCAGAUCCGUCCAUCUUUACUGUGUUGACAGCCAAAUCCACCAAACCAGGCGUGGCUAUUGCUGACUUUGUCAUCUUCCCCCCACGCUGGGGUGUGGCUGACCAUACCUUUCGUCCACCGUAUUAUCACCGUAACUGCAUGAGUGAAUUCAUGGGGCUGAUAAAGGGACACUACGAAGCGAAAGAGGAGGGUUUCCAACCGGGUGGGGCCAGUCUUCACAGCAUCAUGACCCCACACGGCCCUGACGCCGAGUGUUUUGAAAAGAACAGCGUCGCUGUGCUAAAACCAGAGAGGGUGGCUGAAGGAACCAUGGCAUUCAUGUUCGAGUCAUCCUUGAGUAUGGCUGUGACCAAGUGGGGUCUGGAGACAUGCCAGAAGCUGGACCACAGUUACUAUCAGUGCUGGGAGCACCUGCGCAGCCAUUUUAAUCCCAAUUGGAAGCCCAGUAAACACUAG